AUGGCGGCCGAUGGAGAGCGAUCCCCGCUGCUCUCCGAGCCCAUCGACGGUGGCGCCGGUGGCAACGGAUUAGCGGGGCCAGGCGGGAGUGGGGCUGGGCCCGGGAGAGGCCUGACCCCCUCAGCACCACCCUACGGAGCCGGUAAACAUGUCCCGCCCCAGGCAUUUCCCCCGUUCCCCGAGGGACACCCAGCCGUGUUGCCUGGGGAUGACCCACCCCCCUACUCACCCCUGACCAGCCCCGACAGUGGGAAUGCCCCCAUGAUCACCUGCCGAGUCUGCCAGUCUCUCAUCAACGUGGAAGGCAAGAUGCAUCAGCAUGUAGUCAAAUGUGGCGUCUGCAACGAAGCCACCCCAAUCAAGAAUGCACCCCCUGGGAAAAAAUAUGUCCGAUGCCCUUGCAACUGUCUCCUUAUCUGCAAAGUGACUUCGCAGCGAAUUGCCUGUCCUCGACCCUACUGCAAAAGAAUCAUUAAUCUGGGGCCUGUGCACCCAGGACCUCUAAGUCCAGAACCUCAACCCGUGGGUGUCAGGGUCAUCUGUGGACAUUGCAAGAACACUUUUCUGUGGACAGAGUUCACAGACCGAACCUUGGCCCGUUGUCCUCACUGCAGGAAAGUGUCAUCCAUUGGGCGCAGAUAUCCACGAAAGAGAUGUGUCUGCUGCUUCUUGCUUGGUUUACUCUUGGCAGUCACUGCCACUGGCCUUGCUUUUGGGACAUGGAAGCAAGCACGGCGAUAUGGAGGCAUCUAUGCAGCCUGGGCAUUUGCCAUCCUGUUGGCUGUUCUGUGUUUAGGGCGGGCCCUCUAUUGGGCCUGUAUGAAGGUCAGCCACCCUGUCCAGAACUUCUCCUGA